CGCAGGUGGCAGUCGCGGGUCGCAACUCGGCGGGAUUCCUCAGGACCAGGAGCAGAAAAACGGGAGUCCGUUCGGUUCUUGGCGUAUUGUUAUAAAAUACUCGCACACACACAACUCAUAUUCUUAGCCCACCUAAGCCGGUCCCAUGAAAUUUCAGCGUCCAUUGUGCCAGCGAGUCGAACAAUUGCACACGUUUUUAUGUGCCGGAAUGCAAGAACCAUUGUGAAUACUCGUAUGUGUGAUACUAUAUGUGUUAUAUGUGCUGUAUGUAAAUACCGUGCAGUUGCCGUGUGUGUGAGCCCUGCGACUCGGAGCCGGAGUUUUGAACUCUGAACCCGGACAGUGUACAUGGAAUAUUAAUUACUGCCUCCUUCUGUCGAGCGAGGCGUUCCCUCCCGGAAUGGGUCGCAAAAAGAAGCUGCCGACGGGCGUAUCGUCUGGCGGCAGCAACGCCGCCGCCCCCAAGUCGGUGGGCGGGUUCUGUGUGCCGCUGGGACUGCCGCAGCCCCUGCUGCUCGAGGAGAAGAAGUUCCUGCUGGCCGUCGAGCGGGGCGACAUGCCGAACGUGCGCAGGAUCCUGCAGAAGGCGCUGCGCCACCAGCACAUCAACAUCAACUGCAUGGACCCCCUGGGCCGGCGGGCCCUCACCCUGGCUAUAGACAACGAGAACCUGGAGAUGGCCGAGCUGCUCGUCGUCAUGGGGGUGGAGACCAAGGACGCCCUGCUGCACGCCAUCAACGCGGAGUUCGUCGAGGCGGUGGAGCUGCUGCUCGAGCACGAGGAGCUCAUCUACAAGGAGGGCGAGCCCUACAGUUGGCAGAAGGUGGACAUCAACACGGCGAUGUUCGCGCCGGACAUCACGCCCCUCAUGCUGGCCGCCCACAAGAAUAACUUCGAGAUACUGCGCAUCCUGCUGGACCGCGGGGCGGCGGUGCCCGUGCCCCACGACAUUCGUUGCGGCUGCGAGGAGUGCGUCCGCCUGACCACCGAGGACUCGCUGCGGCACUCGCUCUCGCGGGUGAACAUCUACCGGGCGCUGUGCAGCCCCUCGCUGAUCUGCCUCACCUCGAACGACCCCAUCCUGACCGCCUUCCAGCUGUCGUGGGAGCUGCGCAACCUGGCGCUCACCGAGCAGGAGUGCAAGGCGGAGUACAUGGAGCUGCGCCGGCAGUGCCAGAAGUUCGCGGUGGACCUGCUCGACCAGACGCGCACCUCCAGCGAGCUGGCCAUCAUCCUGAACCACGACCCGCAGAUGUCCAGCUACGAGCCCGGCGACCGGAUGAGCCUCACCCGCCUGGUGCAGGCCAUCUCCUACAAGCAGAAGAAGUUCGUCGCCCACUCGAACAUCCAGCAGCUGCUGUCCUCGAUCUGGUACGACGGACUGCCCGGGUUCCGGCGUAAGAGCAUCGUCGACAAGGUCCUCUGCAUUGGCCAGGUGGCCGUGCUCUUCCCGCUCUACUGCCUCAUCUACAUGUGUGCCCCCAACUGCCGCACCGGCCAGCUGAUGCGCAAGCCCUUCAUGAAGUUCCUGGUCCACGCCUCCUCCUACCUCUUCUUCCUGUUCAUCCUGAUCCUGGUCUCCCAGCGGGCGGACGACGACUUCGUGCGGAUCUUCGGCACGGAGCGGAUGCGGAAGGAGCUGGCGGAGCAGGAGCUGCGCCAGCGGGGCCAGCCGCCCAGCAAGCUGGAGCUCGUGGUGGUGCUCUACGUGGUGGGCUUCGUGUGGGAGGAGGUGCAGGAGAUCUUCGCGGUGGGACUGAAGAGCUACCUGCGCAACAUGUGGAACUUCAUCGACUUCCUGCGCAACAGCCUCUACGUGAGCGUGAUGUGUCUGCGGGCCUUUGCCUACAUCCAGCAGGCGACGGAGAUUGCCAGGGACCCCCAGAUGGCGUACAUCCCGCGCGAGAAGUGGCACGACUUCGACCCGCAGCUGAUCGCCGAGGGCCUCUUCGCGGCGGCCAACGUCUUCUCGGCGCUGAAGCUGGUGCACCUGUUCAGCAUCAACCCGCACCUGGGGCCGCUGCAGAUCUCGCUGGGCCGGAUGGUCAUCGACAUCGUGAAGUUCUUCUUCAUCUACACCCUGGUGCUGUUCGCCUUCGCCUGCGGUCUGAACCAGCUGCUCUGGUACUUCGCGGCGCUGGAGAAGAGCAAGUGCUACGUGCUGCCCAACGGGGAGGCGGACUGGGGCUCCCACGGGGACUCCUGCAUGAAGUGGCGCCGCUUUGGCAACCUGUUCGAAUCCUCGCAGUCGCUGUUCUGGGCCAGCUUCGGGAUGGUGGGCCUGGACGACUUCGAGCUGAGCGGCAUCAAGUCGUACACGCGCUUCUGGGGACUGCUCAUGUUCGGCUCGUACAGCGUCAUCAACGUGAUUGUGCUGCUCAACCUGCUCAUCGCCAUGAUGUCCAACUCGUACGCCAUGAUUGAUGAGCACUCGGACACCGAGUGGAAGUUCGCCCGCACCAAGCUGUGGAUGAGCUUCUUCGAGGACAGCGCCACCCUGCCGCCGCCCUUCAACGUCCUGCCCUCCGUGAAGUGGCUCAUCCGGGUGUUCCGCAAGUCGAGCAAGGCCAUCGACCGCCAGCGCUCCAAGAAGCGACAGGAGCAGGAGCAGUUCAGCAAGUACGACAACAUCAUGCGCUCCCUGGUCUGGCGCUACGUGGCCGCCAUGCACCGCAAGUUCGAGGACAACCCCGUCUCCGAGGACGACAUCAACGAGGUGAAGAGCGAGAUCAACACGAUGCGCUACGAGAUGCUCGAGAUAUUCGAGAACAGCGGCAUGGACGUCUCCUCGGCGAACAAGAAGGAGCGGCAGCCUCGACCGCGGCGCAUCAAGGUCUGGGAACGGCGCCUGAUGAAGGGCUUCCAGGUGGCGCCGGUGCAGAGCAGCUGCGAGGCGGAUGCCUUUGGAAACGUGAACGGACAGGGGGAAAUGCGGGAGGUGAAGGUGGAGGCGAUCCCCUCGAAGCCCGCCAAGGAGACCGCCAGGGAGCGGUUCCAGCGGGUGGCCAGGACCGUGCUGCUCCAGUCCACCGCCCACAGGUGGAACGUGGUGCUCCGGGCGGCGCAGGACUCGCAGAUCGGUCGCUGCACCCGGAGCGAGCGGAAGAGCCUUCAGAACCUGGGCAGGGCCAUCGAGGAGGCCAAGAGACUCAUCAUGCUCAACCCGGGAUGUCCCUCCGGGCGGGAGUCCCCCAUCCGCAUCGAGUUCGAGGACGAGAAGUCGAGCACUCUGUUGGAGCUGCUCAACCAGAUCAGCGCGGAGAUCAGCGACAGCGAGCGACCCAAGGCGAAGCCCACCUGGCGGCCUCCUCUGAAGUCGGUGCACGCCAGGGCCAUCGCUUCCAACAACACCCGAUCCCUCACAGCGCCGGAGCUGAAGUUCAGCCGGAAGUCCUCGGCCAGUCCGGCUCCCACUCCCGUGGAGACGCCCAAGCACAGUGCGGUCUCCCAACUGCGGAGCCGGGAGCUGCCCCUCUGCGCCAGCAAGCUCAUUGCCAACCCCGCUCCCUCGGCUAAUCCCCCCAAGAAGGCGGCUCCCUCCAUCCCGACUGGAGCCCCGCCGCCCAGCUACAAGGCCUCCGCCGCCCACACGCCCUUCUCCGUGGAGAGGGGCCGCUCCCGGAUGGCAUCGGAUGGCAUAGACAUCCACGUGGUGGACCUGGACGAGCGGGGAGGUCACCCGGGCAGGGCCACGGCCGCGGACAACGUGUCCGACAUCAGCUCCAUAGCCAGCACGAGUCCCCAGCGGCCGAGGCACCGCAACUGAAUGUGAUUGUGGCGUGGACUCGGGCCAUAAGUCUCCCUGGGAAUGGCUACUCAAGGUGCCUUCCGAGCAGCGCCUCUCUUGUAUCCAUCCGUCUAUUAUGCGUAACAGGGAAUAAAGUUGUUUAGGCAAAUGUAA